UAAUGUGUAUGAGUACAUGCUACAUGUAUAGAUGAUCGAAACGUUCACAUUAUUACUAAUGUGGAUAGUAUAUGUUUGUACGUAUAAAGAUGAAAAGAAUUUAUUAUAGAUAGAUGCACAUUUCUAUGUCUAACAAUCGGGUUUGAGGUGUUUCAAAACGGUUCGAAUGUGUGCGUAGCUGCGUAGAUUUUAAUUUUGGGGUUGGCGCUUGUCGCCUCCAGAUCUUCUACUAUUAUAUAGUAUAUACCUAGCAGUCAAAGAAGUUUUGCUGAGGGGCGUAGCCAUUCGUAGUCGAAGGUGAAGGGAGGUGAAGGGUGAGCAGGGGUUUAAAUCCUUUUUGUUUGUUUGUGCCGUUUUGCCUUUGGCGUCUAUUUUACUCUCUUCAGUGUUAAAUCUAAAGGAACGUUUGUACCGCUCAGCAAUAAUCCAAAAAUAUUUUCCGGUCUAAUUUCAGCAUUAUGUUCUCCAUCAAAUUUCCUCGGAGUACCUCCUAGCGCGAUAUUUGUUUUUUGUGCAUUGCGCGAUCCAUCCUUUGUGUUGUAUGUAUCUAUCUAUCAUCAUAAUAAGAAAUCAAUAUGUUCGGUCAUAGUUUUGCCGGUAUAUGAGAAAACAAUGUAAAACUGUUUGCUGAAUUAAAGAUUAGUUUCAAAUAUUGAGAAACAUUAGAAAAAAGUGCCGGUCUAAUUGUUAUUUUAUAAAGAUUAGUUGGUAAGGUCAUCAUUAACUAAUUAUCAUGAGUGAAAUUGACGAAAAAAGUAAAAGUGAUGAUAAAAAGGUGAUUGAAAUGGAGGAGAAGGAAAAAAUGUUGAAUGAGGAAAAUAAAGCCCACGAUGUGAUAGCCGAAGUGGAACAAAGUGUUGGAAAAGAUGGCGAAAAAGAGACAUCUAAAAUUAUCAAAACGGAAGGGAGGGAAGUUCAGCCCAAAAAGAUUCCCAUCGGCGGCAUUCAAAUGCCUGGAUUUUUUACCAGAAGCAAAUCCAAAGAAAAGUGCAAGGAUGGUGACGCUGAGAUAGAGGGUACAGAAUUGCUGGACUCUAAAGAAAAAGAAAGUAAAGAUGAACAAAUUCAACCAACAAGAAUUAAACUUCCCAACCCAUUCCGGAAAUCGAAGGCGCUAAGUGAAGAAGAUGUUUCUGGUGGAAGUGAACCAAAGGAGAAAAAAAGACUGCUACAAUCAAUUCGCCUACCUCUUGUUUCUGUUUGUCCUCGUAAGAAAAGAGAUGAACAGAAAUUAGAAAGCCGAUCCGGAAAAGCUGGUCUAGCUUCGGUAGAAACUCUCGAUGAUACUGAGAAGAAAGAAGAGGAAUUGAAGAGUAUUCCUUUAGACGACAAGAAAAAUUUAGAGAAACAAGAAAACGACCAAACAUGGAGACAAAAACUGAAGGCUUAUCGAAUUGUUAUCAGUGCCUUACUGGUAUUUAUAUUACUGGUAAUAAUUAUCGUGGCCUUUGCAAUACCAGGUAAAUCUCGACUUACAUCGGUAAUCAGAAAUGGUAAAUACGUCCAAACCAUUACCAGUUGUGGCAAAGUUGAAGGAUUAUUGGACGAUGGUGCUGUCGCUUUUCGGGGAAUACCAUACGCCCGUCCACCACUAAACGAUCUUCGAUUCAAACCAGCCCAACCCUUAAAUGAUUUAGCAUAUUGUUGGAAUUUUACUGAACCUUUUCAAGCAUACAAUUCCACAAAUACCUGCUUCCAACUGUACAGCAAUGGUACAGCAGUUGGAGAAGAAGAUUGUCUAACCCUUGAUGUGGUAACCCCGGAUGUCCGUUACGACACUCCUCUUCCUGUAAUCGUCCUUAUUGGGGCAGAAACUUUGAUGGGCGGAAGUCCUGGGAAAAUGAGACCUUCAGCAAGAUUCGCCAGAUCGAAAGAUGUGGUUUACGUAAGACCAAAUUUUAGACUUGGAGCGCUGGGCUUUCUUGCAGCUAAUGUGUUAACUAAAUCUGUACAUCCCCCAACUAGUGGUAAUUAUGGUCUUUCCGAUAUUGUGGAGGCUUUGAAAUGGGUCCAAUUAAACAUAGAGCAUUUUGGAGGAGACAAAAAUUCUGUAACUCUUUUCGGCCAUCGUGCUGGCGCUACUUUAGUAACUGCCUUAGCAACAACCAAGGAUGCCAAGCUCCUUUUCAAACAAGCUUGGGCGUCUUCUGGAUCCACCAUAUUCCCGACCAAAACGUUAUCCGAAUCAGAAAGGGGAAGCAGCAGUUAUCUGGAGGCAAUUUCGUGCGAUUCUGUAAACUGCUUGCGUGAAAAAGAACCCGAAGUUUUGACAAAUAACAUCGAAGACCUUUGGCGGAAGCCAAUAUUUGAUCUACCAACGCCAACAGAAGACCCCACCAAAAGACAUGAAUGGCUUGUUAUGGAUGGAAAUAUAAUAAGAGACAGUCCCAGAGUCCUUUGGAGUAGAGAAGAAGGCAUACCUGUUCAGUUAAUCAUUGGAACAACAGCCCAUGCGGCAUAUUCCGAAAAAUUACGUCUAAAAUAUACCGACUGGACUGAAGAACUUGUCAAAAAACACGUUAAUGAAUCAAAAAUAGGUCACAGUAAUUUAACAGAGGAAGUGUUUAAAUUGUACCCGCCCUCAUUUAGAGGUCUUGUGACCAUGAUAUCUGAUAUCCGCAUCGUUUGUCCACUAUUUUACAUGACUGAAGAAAUGCCCAACACUACUUUUUACGUGGUGUCUCAACCACGAGGCGAAUUGGACAUUGCAGACGUCGAUUCUGACAUCGAUGCUAUAUUUGGAAGAUAUGAACCUAAGACUGUGGCUCAAAGGAGAUAUGUUUCGUCUAUUCAACAGCUUUUCUAUUAUUUCAUCACACAUAGGAAAAUAGGGCUGGAGAAAACCAAGAGGGUACUUGUGGUUGAACAGGACGCUUUACCCCAAGACACUUACAGUCAUUGUGACUUUUGGAAGAAGCAUGAUUUUGUACCCAAAUAUUCGCAGCUUGAUUAAGUCCAUGUUGGCUCUUUACUUAAGUAGUUACAACCCCCCACCCUCACAAGAAACCUUCGGAAAGCUUUACAAAUGCCACUGAAGAUUUAGUAAGUUACUAUUAUUAUUUGUUUAAUAUUACAGAAAUUUCAAAUGAAUUGGUUUAUUACUAGUAAGGGGACAGUCAAGAUAAAUGUUGAUAUCUUUUUUAAGUAAUGAUCCACCUUAGUAGAAUAUAAUUUUAGAAAAGAAGGUAGUUUUUAAAUGAUGUGCAUAUCAUAUUCUUUUCCCCCUCAAUGCAUUAAUUAAGAAAGGAAUUAGAUGCUGUUUAUUUUGUGGUUUAAAGAGAAUUUGGUAAUAUGAUUGUUUCUUGUAACUUAUUUUGGUAGGUAAAAUUUUAAUUUUUUAUUUUGUGCCACCACCACUUUGCUACUAUUUACAGGGUGUUUAGAAAUUUUAUUUUUCAAUGUAGGUUUAAUACAUAGGUUAUAGGUAUAUUUUUAAUUUACACUUUUUUAAUUAUUUAUUUAGCAUUAAAUGUUGUAUACGUUACACCAGGGGUUGUAACAUACACAAUCUAUACAAACACGUAUUUUUAUCGCCAGUGAACAUUUAGUUAUUAUUUUUUUAUUUAUGUGAAGUACAAUUCUUGCCAAAAUGCUGCAAAUAACUUUGUGUUAUUUUUUUAAGUGUAACUUAUUUUAUCAUAUAAAAUAAAAUAAAUGUGAGUACGACAGCCUGCCAAAAAGAUAAAGAAAACGACUAUUAGCUUUUUUAAAUGAAUUUUUGAUCUCUUUACAUUUAAUUACGUCACUUAAUUUUGUUCUGUUGGAAGAUACGAGUUUACUGUAAGUUUCUGGUAUCAUUCUGUGCCAAUAUAAAAUGUGAUGUAGGUAUGUUAAAAUUAAAUGAAGAAAAAGGUAUUUAAUACAAUCAAUAAUCCAGACUAUUUUGCAUAGAAAAUGU